UAUUUUGAAUGAGUCAUGACUUGCUCUUUAUUCCCGGCCUGUUGUUGUCAGGACGGUGACGAAGCUUUAGAAAGAAGAAGAAGAAGAGCGCUGUGUAAUUUACUGGUGUAGUGAUUUAUUCAUGUGUUCAUCCAUUUAUUUAUUACAUUGAGUAAAAUGAGAGCAAACCAGAUAAAAGUGGGUAUAUUAUAUAAAUUAACCGAUGAACUGAAUGAAAGUGGAGCGCUUAACUUCCGACUCCUGUGACCGGACGCUGAAGCGCGCGGCGGCGACUCGGACAGGAGCGGAGCCCCGAGCCUGGACAGCCUCACGGGCGCCUGCCCACGUGCUCCAGAGGCGCGGUGAAACCGAACGGGCCCGGCGCGCUCGCCUGCGCCUUCAGCCAAUCAGCGCGCCGCACCGCCACCAGCGGCCAGCCACAUGCGCAGGGAGGCGGGCCUUCCGCCAAACAGCCAGCAGGGUCGUGUGACUGCGUGUUUACAUGCGGCAGCAGCGACUCGGCAACUGAGCGGAAUAAAGAGAAGAAACCGGGAUAAAGAGAAGAAACCGGGAUAAAGAGAGUGAAGAGAGGCGUGUGGAGCGCGAUGAGCGGCCUGCUGCGCUGAGAGAUGAGCGGUCUGUGUCGGGAGGUGGUCACUCUGCAGCUCGGACAUUACUCCGGCUUUGUGGGCACUCACUGGUGGAACCUGCAGGAUGCAUCUUUGUGUUAUGACCCAGACCUUCCUCCGGGGGAGCUGCAGAGUGACGUUUUGUUCAGAGAAGGUCUCACACUCGGGGGUCAAGUGACCUACACCCCCCGCCUCAUUGCUUUUGACCUUAAAGGAAGCCUUCAGACGCUGAGGAAGGAAGGCAGUCUGUAUGCCACAGAGCAGGACUCCAAGACCACUUUGUCAUGGCAGGGUCAGAUUAUGACCCAUGAAGAAAGUCCUCCAUCUAAGAACUCGUUUCUUCAGGAUUUGGACAAGCUGGACCAGGGGGAGUUGUUAGUGGAACCGGAUUUCAGCUCCUCUCCUGCUCUGGUCCCUCACUGCUCAGGGGGAGCCUUUGCCAUAGAGACGGUGAACAGCACUCUGGAGCGUGUGCAGAAAGCCUAUAGGCUGGAGGGCAUUGUGAGGGUGUGGUCGGACUUCCUGAGGCUCCACCUCCAUCCUCGGACCAUUUCAGUCAUUAACCAGUACAACCACGAUGGGGAAUCUGCGCGUUUGGAGGCGUUUGGCCAGGGGGAGGCACUGUUACAGGGCUCAGUGCUGGAGGAGCUGGAGGACAGACUGCACUUCUUUGUGGAGGAGUGUGACUACCUGCAGGGUUUCCAGGUGCUUUGUGAUGUGGCUGAUGGUUUCUCAGGUUUGGGGUCAAAGGUCACAGAGUUGCUGCAGGACUCUUAUGGUGGGCGGGGCAUCCUGACUUGGGGCGUGGCUCCUGUCUCUCACCGGGACUCAAGCCCCAUUAAGGAGUUAUAUCACAUGAUGAACUGCGCUCUGGGAACCGUCCACAUGGCCAAUCACAGCUCUUUCUUCUGCCCUUUGACCCUGGGGGGCGGGCUGGGUAGGCGGCCGGCUCCGCCCACCUCGUUUCCUCUGCUCAGUUAUGAUUCCUCCCUGUGGUAUCACUCUAGCUCUGUCCUGGCUUUAGCACUGGAUACUAUGACGGUGUCCUACAGACUGAGGCACAACAGCACCCCCAUGUGGCAGCUGGCAGAUGCACUGACUGUUUCAGGGAGGAAGGUUGUAUGUGCAUAUGGAUCUGUACCGUUUCCCAUGAUGCAAAGCAGCUGUCUCCCUGACGCCCUGCAAGCCUGUCAAGAUGCAUUACCUUGGAAACCCCUAUCAGCCUGUCCUGAACUUGUUGAUGGACGCUGCUUUGGCCAAUCAGUGACGCUCAAAGGACUAGAAGGGCAGAACCUAGUGAGUCCACUGGUUCCUGGGACUGAGCCACCCAGCCCUCUGCACUGUGCAUGGUCAGGAUUGGAAGUUCUGGAUAUGUAUAUCAGAUCACACUACCCUUCUACACCACUGGCAGUGCAGCUGGUGUCCUCCCCCAGUAAACUGACCUCUCCAUUCCCCCAGAUUUUCAGUCCCAUCCUGGACCCCCAGGGUCUAAUUCAGAGCCAAAGUCCGACGACAGCUCCUGUGGUUUCGUCUGUGCCAGUUUUGACAUGUGUCCAGUCUAGUGUGGCUGUUGGUCAGUUGCUGGCAGAGCUGCAGAAGUCCUGCAGUUCCCUGGAUCUGCGCCGCGUGGCCCCCAGCUUUCUGUCCCAGGGCCUGGAGCCUGCAGAGUUGGCCGAAAGCCUGGAGCAGCUCCGCAGCCUUGCAUACCGUUACCGUGACGACAGCGGAGGAACUCUGCGCUCUUCAUCCGAGGAAGAGGACGAUUAGCUUCAGCUAUCACCAUCUUCAUCACUCUGAGGGCAGAGCAGAUACUAAUCACGCAAAUCGGAGCAGGUCAUCUGAACACAGUCUGGAUGGAUGGACAUGUAGAAGAAUGAAAGAAUGGAUGGAUGAAUGGAUAUGUAGAAGAAUGGAGAGACGGAUGGAUGGAUGAGAGGAGCAAUGUAUGGGGUGUAGUAGACAGAGAGAGGGAUGGGUGUGAUGGUGGAGAGAUGGAGACAUGGAUAGUUGGACAGAUGAUCUGAGUGAUGGAUGGGUGGUUGAACAAUUGACAUGAGCUGUGAAUUAAUGGGUGGAUGGAUGGAUGGGUAGAUGACCUGAGGUGUGAAUGGAUGGAUGGAUUGAGAGAUGGUUGAACUGGUGUCCUGAGGGAUGGAGUGAUGGAUGGAAUGGUAGGUGGACGAAUUUAAGGAUGGAUGGAUGGAGUGAUGAAUGGUUGGACAAAUGACCUGAGCAGUGGAUGGAUGGAUGCAUGAAUGGACAGAUGGUCUGAGGGAGGGAUGGAUGGAGAGACAGAUGAUUGAACAGGUAAUCUGAUGGAUGGAUGGAUGGAUGGAUGGAUGGAUGGAUGGAUGGAUGGAUGGAUGGAUGGAUGGAUGGAUGGAUGGACGGAUGAUUGGACAGGUGAUCUGAGGGAUGGAUGGAUGGCUGGAGAGAUGCAUGAUUAGACAGAUGACCUGAGGGAUGCAUGGGUAGAUUGAUGGUUGAGGGGAUGACCUGAUGGAUGGAGGGAUGGAUAGAUUGAGAGGUAGGUGGAGGAAUGGAGGGAUAGUUGGAUGGAGGUUUGGAAGGAUGACUGAGAAGAACCUUCACACGUUGUUAAUAUGAAGCUCCUUCAUCAUCUCCAUUCAGAUCCCUCCGCUGUGUGAGUCGAGGAAUGUAAAGCCCAGCAGAACCUGAGGGAGAGUGAACUGGGCUGUGUUCUCGAUUCCUCUCCACUCAGCAGGACGAGUGUAGGGCCUGUUCGCUUUACUACCAGUAUAGUGCACUUUCGUCAGAUGUGUUUGGGACUGAGCCAAGGAGCUGAACAGCACUGCUGGUUCUGAUCUCUCUGAUCAGACCGGCUUCUAGCUUGAUUUGGAAUCAGAGCCUGUUAGAGGCCAGAACCGGCCUGUAAAACUGACCAGAUAACUCACUGGGAACCAUCACUGAAGGAGGUAUUUAGGAGUAUUACUGUAUUCUGAGUGCCUGUGUACGCAAACCUGUUUUUAUUAAAAAUAAUCUGCUGCUUCA